UCCUCCUCCUCCUCUCUCCCCCACCGCUCCUUCCCGGCGCCCACCCACGCCUGGUCCGGCCGCAUCUGGGCGCGCACCAGCUGCGUGCCCACCGGCGGGGCUGGGCAGCUCUGUUGCGCCACGGGCGACUACGGCGGGUGGCUCCAUUGUGGGGGCCUCGGCGGCGUGGCGCCCGCCACGCUGGCACGGGUCUCCCUCCACCACGGCGGCGACGACCAGUCGUCCUAUGGGGUGAGCGUUGUGGACGGCUUCAAUAUGGGCAUGUCAGUGACCCCGCAUGAGGGCCGCGGUAACUGCCCCGUCCUCGCCUGCCGCAAGGACCUGACGCAGACCUGCCCCGGCGAGCUGCAGGUGCGCGCGGCGGCGGGCGGCGGCGUUGCCGCGUGCAAGAGCGGUUGCCUGGCGUUCGGCACCGACGAGCUGUGCUGCCACAACGCGUACAACAGCCCGGCCGCCUGCCGCCCCUCCAAGUACUCGGACUUCUUCAAGAGCGAGUGCCCGCUGGCCUUCACCUACGCCCACGACAACCCCUCCCUCACCCACCAGUGCUCCGCGUCGUGCGAGCUCAAGGUCAUCUUCUACCACUAG